GCGAUCGUUUGUCGGUUUUUCUACCUGAUCUUUUCCAGAUGUCUCAACCCAAGCCGAUUUUGUACUACGACGACCGCAGUCCGCCGGUGCGCAGUUGUCUUAUGCUAAUCAAAUUGCUGGAUAUCGAUGUAGAGCUACGGUUUGUGGAUCUCUUCAAGGGCGAACAGUUCCAUAAAGAUUUCUUGUCGUUAAAUCCCCAGCACAGUGUUCCCACUUUGGAGCACGGUGAUCUGGUGCUGACUGAUAGCCAUGCUAUACUGAUUCACCUGGCGGAAAAGUUCGACAAGGACGGAAGUUUGUGGCCCGUGGAGCAUGAGCAACGUAUGAAGGUCCUGAACCUCCUGCUCUUCGAGUGCUCCUUUCUGUUCCGUCGUGACAGUGAUUUUAUGUCGGCUAUUGUCCGCCAGGGAUUUGACCAUGUCGAUGUGGCACUUCAUGAACGCAAACUGACCGAGGCGUAUAUCAUCAUGGAGCGCUACCUGGAAAAUAGCGAUUUCAUGGCCGGGCGACAGCUGACGCUCGCCGACUUAUCCAUCGUGACCACAUUGAGCACCGUCAAUCUCAUGUUUCCCCUGUCGCAGUUCCCACGUCUGCGGCGCUGGUUCACCGCGAUGCAGCAGCUGGAUGCCUACGAGGCCAACUGCAGCGGAUUGGAGAAGCUGCGUAGAACGAUGGAGAGCGUCGGUAGCUUCCAGUUCCCCUCCUCAUCUACAUGCUCCAACGCCCCCGAGGAGGUGGAAUAGCUCGGGAUGGUUAUUAAAAUCCGUGUUUAAUUUAUCUUCGAGUCGGGUGAAAUUUGGUAUUUGCACUGCAGGUGAAGGGUUAACAGUGGGAU